GACUUUGACGAUCAAUGUGUUCGGCGAGAGGAGAAGUAACGAUGAUCAACAUACCGGUCAGCGAAUCCAUUGCUGCAUCAUCUCUGAUGAUCGCCUAGGGUUUGAUUCCCGAAAGCUUUGAAUUUUGUUUCUGAUCUGAUGGUCAAUUUGAGAGAAGAGAGAGUCAAUUGAUCUGAAUUGGUUUGUAUGCAGUCGUUGAUUGCGCUCGUGCCAAAUCCAAUACAUAGUAGCUUGCCAUCCAAGAAGAAUCAGCGAUCGAGUUGCAGUAGGGGGAGAUAGAGAAAUCAUCUGGUUGAGGGUUCUCUCCCAUCGCCUGUCGGGAUAAAUUCUACACCUGCCCGUGACUCGGCUCCACAAUUCAAACGCAAAGUCGCAUUCCCAGUACAGAUGAUCCCGUGAUUCAUCAGUUGUGUUACAUAGAAGGCAUAGUGAAGGGACCUGAAGGCCCCAACUGAUCAGCCUGUCUCGUGUAGGAAUCCUGUUCUGCACGACAAGCCAAGCAUGAAAGCUUUGUCGUGGGAUACUUCGAGAAGUCCAAACCGCCGCUGACCAAUCGACCUCCUGAAUCUCUCCUCGCUGAAUUUCUCCUCGCAGGAAUCCUCCAUGCUCCAUUACGAUAAAGAGAGGCUAGUGUUGCAUCUUUUGGUAUUCCAAGUCGCGAUCUAUCUCCAUCCAAAUAUUCCCUCAAACUCCCAUAGGGGCUCCAAUUGUCAAUCCAGAAUCUGCCACAUUCUCCAUUUUGUAUUCUCAGAUGAAUCAAGGGGAAACCCAUACAGAGUCCGGUCUGAAGAAGACAUUGUAGCUUUUAGCUUUUAUAUACACAUUUUAUCUGUUUCAUCUAAGGAGAAACUAAUCAGGCAUGGAACCCAAAGGAGAAACGCAGUGGAGCUCUAUUAUAGUUCCUUCGGUUCAAGAGAUGGUGAAGGAGAAGAUAAUCACUACCGUUCCUCCUAGGUAUGUCCAAUCUGGAGUCAUUGAAGAUUCUGAUCUAUUAACCGAGAUCCCAAUCAUCGACAUGAAGCAGUUGUGUUCUUUUACCUCCAUGGACUCUGACUCGGAGGUUCAGAAACUCAAUUUGGCUUGCAAAGAAUUUGGAUUUUUCCAGCUUGUAAAUCAUGGAUUAGACCCAAGUUUCUUGGACAAAACAAAGUCUGAGAUUCAAGAUUUCUUCGACCUUCCCAUGGAAGAAAAGAAAAAGUUCUGGCAACAACCAAAUGAGAUGGAAGGUUUUGGACAAGCUUUUGUGGUUUCAGAAGAUCAGAAACUAGACUGGGCAGAUAUGUUCUUCUUUAUAGUGCAACCUGUUGAAUUACGCAAGCCUCACUUGUUCCCCAAGCUACAUCUUCCCUUUAGAGAUACAUUAGAGAUGUAUUCCGCUCAAGUGAAGAGUAUAGCUAAGAUCUUAAUAGCGAAAAUGGGGGAAGCCCUUCAGAUAAACCCUGAGGAAAAUGAAGAUUUAUUUGGUGAUGAUAUGCUACAGAGCAUGAGGAUGAAUUACUAUCCUCCCUGUCCGGACCCUCAUCAGGUUAUUGGUCUAACUCCUCAUUCGGAUGCGGUGGCCCUCACCAUAUUGUUGCAGGUGAAUGAAGUUGAAGGUCUCCAAAUCAAGAAAGAUGGCAAGUGGGUUUCUAUCAAACCGCUCCCAAAUGCUUUCAUUGUUAAUGUUGGAGACAUCUUAGAGAUCAUUACGAACGGAACAUACAAAAGCAUCGAGCAUCGUGCAGUGGUGAACUCGGAGAAAGAAAGGUUGUCUGUUGCCACAUUUCAUUAUCCAGGACUGAAUAAAGAAAUUUCACCCUCGAAAAGCCUCGUUGAAAAGCAACAAAAGGAUGCAAAUUUUAGAAGCCUGACAACGAAAGACUACUUGAGAGGCUUGUUCUCCAGUGAACUCUACGGAAAAACUUAUCUCGAUGCGAUGAGAAUCUAAGAGAAGUGAUAUCUUGUUUCCCCAAAGAUAUGUCUUCUCCAAACUGGUCCAUGUGUUUUGUUUUUGCUUUUCUCUUUUGUCUCUGAUUAAAUCUGUUAAAUUCAAAAUUGCACAGUGAGAUUAAUUGAAGGUUUGAUAUAAUAAGACAUAGGUCCAUUGCUU